AUGUUUUCGAGAUUCCACAAAUCGUUCAAGCCAUCCCACACCAUUCCAUCCCACACCAUUAGUCGAUUCACAGGAUACUAUGCAUCCCAUACCCCAUGUCUUUCAAGGAACCUGAAUACAUCUCGUAACUUUCGCCGACUACGCAAUACCCAAACAAACAUCAACGAAAUGCAUAAAUGGAUACGAGAGAUCAGAGCAAACCAGAAAGAAAUUACAGCAAACCAGAAGCGCGAGGAGAUAUGGCGCAAAGAACUACUCGACGCUAUAUCAAGGCUUGAACCCAAGCAAAGCUUCUUUGGGAAACUCUUUUCCAGUUCUAUCAAUUAG